GAGGUAUGUGAACGCGGCCAUGUUGUUGUGGUGAGGUAACCCGUCCUCCUCCUCCACGGCCUCCCUUAUAUCCCCACUAUCUCCCUUAGUUGAUUGACAGUUGAGAGGCGGGACCAAAGAGCCAAAGCUCAACCCCCGCAAGCGCAAUUAGGUAAUGAAGAAAAACUAAAGGCACAAAGAGGCAGAUUGUGUGAUAAACUGAAAGGAAAGAUACAAGCAAAAAGUUAUACUGUGACGCGAGAACAUCAGGAACCACCACCAGAAUGUUCAGCUUCAAUAUGUUUGGAGAGCCGCUGCAGCCACGGCCUUUCAACACCCACUACCGCUGCUACUCUGUCUCCAUGUUCCCCGGAGACAAGCAGGCUGUGGAGAAUGGUGGCAAAAUUAUUAUGCCCCCUUCAGCUUUGGAUGUCCUAACACGUCUUAAUAUUGUAUACCCAAUGCUAUUUAAGCUUACAAACCAACGGGCAAAUAGACACACGCAUUGUGGAGUACUGGAGUUUGUGGCAGAUGAAGGAAAAGUGUAUAUUCCAUAUUGGAUGAUGAGGAAUCUUCUCUUGGAUGAAGGUGAUCUUGUGCAUAUUGAAUCUCAGUCUUUGCCUGUUGCCACUUUCUCCAAGUUUGAACCUCAGAGUGUGGAAUUUCUUGACAUAACAAAUCCUAAGGCUGUUUUGGAAAAUGCCCUGCGCAAUUUUGCAUGCUUAACCUUGGACGACGUGAUUGCUCUCAACUAUAAUGACAGAAUAUACGAGAUGCGAGUUCUAGAAGUAAAGCCGGGCAAUGCUGUUAGCAUCAUUGAGUGUGAUAUGAAUGUAGAGUUUGCCCCUCCAGUUGGCUAUCAGGAGCCAGAGAGAAUGGAUAGUGCAGCAGCUAUGCCUGAAGAUGACAAAGAAGAGAUGAUUCCUGAACCCACAGGAUUUUAUUCGUUCCAAGGCUCAGGAAACAGAUUGGAUGGUAAAAAGAAAAAUCUUGAGUUGCCUCAAGAAGAACUGUUAAAGAGGCUUCCAAGGCAGCGAGGAAUUCCUGACUAUGAUUAUGAAGUUGGGUUAAUAAAAUUCUGGAGAAAACCCACAAAAACAAAUGAUGUCGAGACAAAAGUUGAAGAACAAGAGGAAUUCGAGUCUUUCCAGGGUAAAGGUACUUCCUUACGAGAAGCUAAAACUAGAAAAUAAUAUGUAAUUAUUAGUGUAGUCACUAUACUAUUGUGACAAUUACUUAUUCUUGCAUACUGUAUCUUUACACGAGACUAUGCUUGAGAAACAUUUAAAAUAAAUUUACAUUGAC